CGAGCAGCUGAUACCUUCCUGCGAGGAGCUUCGUCUAACCAUGGCAGGCUCAUACUGAGACGUCGGAACGGCGUAAUGCGACGGGGGGAGAGACGGCUGUCGGCGGCGUGUUUGCAACCAGAACCGGAGAGAAUAGCGAGAGUAACGCUGUAAAUUACUGGGAAGGAGGAAACCCGGCCGGCUUUACGUGCGUGCGAAUGAAUGGAAUUCAGGGAGGUUUCUUGUUGAACGCAGGAAGGGGCGCACCUGGGCAAGGCGACUUUACCUCUGCGGAUCGUUUCUGAACGUGGAUAUGAAUUAGUGACCUGGGAAGUGAGGAGGAGAGACCGGCGGGACCUCAGAAGGUGAUCAAAAGGGACAACCCUUUUAGCGAAUCAUGUGAGAGCCUGAGAUGUGAAAGCAACCUGAGGAACCACAUACAAGGCAGUGGGAAUACACUAGGAACCAUCUCUGUUCCUGUUUCUAAUCCAGACACAUUUUCUGCUGCCCGUUUUGGCCCCCGGAGGUAUGGAGGGCCACCGGGCUUGUCAUCGGACACUUCGGGGAAUGUGGUCCCUAGUGUGGUGGGUCUUGCUCUUGGUGUCCUUCACCCCUGGAGCCAAUGGGAGCCAGUCCUUCAACAGCUUCCACCCCGAGAGGCAGGAGUGGUCCUUCAACCACCUGACGGUGCACCAGAGCACAGGGGAUGUGUAUGUCGGCGCCGUGAAUCGGGUGUAUAAGCUAUCGCCAAACCUGACGCUCCUGGUGUCACACAACACGGGCCCUGAGGACGACAAUAAGAACUGCUACCCACCUUUGAUUGUGCAGCCGUGCUCCGAGCCGCUGGCACCCACUAAUAACGUCAACAAGCUUCUCCUGGUUGACUAUUCCCAGAACCGGCUCCUCGCCUGUGGAAGCCUCUACCAGGGCGUGUGCAAGUUGCUCCGUCUGGAUGACCUCUUCAUCCUGGCAGAACCUUCUCACAAGAAGGAACAUUACCUCUCCAGUGUCAACCGGACGGGAGCCACGUUUGGCGUGAUCGUGCCCUCCCAGAGUGGGGCCGGAACGCUCUUUAUUGGCACUGCAGUGGGUGGCAAACAGGACUACUUCCCGACAGUCUCCAGCCGCAAGCUACCUCGCGACCCCGAGUCCUCAGCCAUGCUGGACUACGAGCUCCACACCGAUUUUGUGUCAUCACUCAUCAAGAUCCCCUCCGACACGCUGGCGCUCGUGCCGCACUUUGACAUCUACUACAUCUACGGAUUCUCCAGCGGCCCCUUUGUUUACUUCCUCACCGUUCAGCCUGAGAUCCCAGAGGGUGGCGCUGCUGCGGCCGCUGGCUCUGCCGGUGACCUUUUCUACACCUCCCGCGUCGUGCGCCUCUGCAAGGGCGACCACAAAUUCCACUCGUACGUCUCCCUCCCGCUGGGCUGCUUGAGCCACGGCAUUGAGUACCGUCUCCUGCAGGCUGCCUUCCUGGCCAAGGCGGGACGCAGACUUGGUGCCACUCUUGGAGUGAGUCCCGAGGACGACGUUCUGUUUGCCGUGUUCUCCAAGGGCCAGAAGCAGUAUCACCGGCCGCCUGAUGACUCGGCCCUUUGCGUCUUCGCCAUCCGGGACAUCAACGCCCACAUCCAGGAACGCCUCCAAUCCUGCUAUCAGGGCGAGGGCAACCUGGAGUUGCACUGGCUGCUGGGCAAGGACGUGCAGUGUACCAAGGCGCCCGUGCCUAUUGACGACUCUUUCUGCGGACUGGACAUUAACCAGCCCCUGGGAGGCUCAGAGCUGGUGUCCGGCCUGGUGGUGUACACCGAGAGCCGCGAACGCCUCACCUCCGUAGCAGCCUAUGACUACGAUGGCUACUGUGUGGCUUUUCUGGGCACCAGAAAGGGCCGGCUGAAGAAGAUCAGAGUAGAUGGGCCACCCCACGGAGGAGUCCAGUACGAGACCAUGACCAUCAUCAAGGGGGCUGAGCCAGUCCUGAGCGACAUGGCCUUCUCUCUCGACCACAAGUUCCUCUACGUCAUGUCCGGGACACAGGUGUCACAGGUGCCCAUCGAGUGGUGUGCGCAGUACGGGACGUGUGGUGAGUGCCUCAGCUCAGGGGACCCCCACUGCGGCUGGUGCGUCCUGCACAACAUGUGUUCAAGGAAGGAGGCGUGUCCACGAGCGGAGGAGCCCCGGCGCUUCGCCUCCACCCUCGGCCAGUGCGUGACGGCGAGCGUGCGUCCUGACAGCAUCGCCGUGUCCGAGCCCAGCAUCCCACUCCUGGUGAAAGUUAGUGGAGUCCCGGACCUCUCCGCAGGGGUUACUUGCUCUUUCGGGAACCUGACAGAGGCCCGAGGUCAGGUGAGCGGGGAUCUGAUCACCUGCAUGUCCCCAGGAGCUCAGGAUAUUCCGGUCAUUCCCAAAGACCAAGACUGGUUCAGCGUGGAACUGCGGCUGACCUCCAUGGAAACGGGACAGAUGCUGACGAGCACCGAGAUCAAGUUCUACAACUGCAGCGUGCACCAGCUGUGUAUCUCCUGCGUAAGAAGCUCUUUCCGCUGCCACUGGUGCAAGUACCGCAACCUCUGUACCCAUGAUCCGAGCAGCUGCUCUUUCCAGGAGGGACGUGUCAACUCCUCUAAGGUAGCGUGGGCUAUCCUAUGCUAAUAUAAACCACUCUGAUAUAUGCUACGCUAACCUGUGUUCUGCUACACCAGGCUAAACUGCACCAAGUUAUGCUACGUCAAGCCGUCGUGUCGUUAGCCUUCCAGCAUUAGCAAGGUAAUACAGUUAAAUGCGUAUAUAAGAAUCAUACACUCAGAUAGUGAGUGGUUUGUGUUUGCGGCUCUUUACUUACUGAACAAAAAAAAUAAAUUACAUUUACGAUGUUCAGUCAUAAUUAUCAGUAAAGAAAAUUUACCAACUAGCAUUGUCGUGGUUAGCUCUGCCUGGGGGGGAAAUUCAGAAACCAGACUACACACAUUCGCAUUUAAUGCUACCGACUAUGGUAAUGAAUAUAAGGAGUUCCUAGUUAUCCAGGUAAUAUACAGACCCCUCCCUACGUAUCCUAAAGUCUGAGACUUGCCUUGACUUUAGAUUUUCUUUGUUUGGCUUUUUUUGUAAGCUUGUGCAGGGUAGAUUUCUUUGAUGGCUGAGAUCGCUAAUUUAUUUGCUGUGAAUCAGACAUUGAAGGGCAGCGUAGAUUUGCUGAAACUGUGGAUCAGGCUUUGGGGACUGGAUCAUGUGCUGGCAAAUUUGUUUCCUCACUGGCUGUGAGCGGAUAAGUAUAACAUUCCUUCCUGGAUGACGGUCUUUAGUGACGGUGUGUGCUGUGUAUGUUCCCACGGUGACCGGUCCUUGUGCCCCCCC